CAAACCCACGUGACCCCGUGAAGAAGGAAGUCAGCUUAGAGAGGAAGAAUCAUGUGAAAACAAUCGCCGUAACUUUCCCCUGAUUUCAGGUUUAUCUGUCCCGCUGCGACAUGUCCCGCAGGGAGGUCUCCGUGUGCGUGAAGCUGCUCCUUUCCCUUCAUGUUGUUGCUCAGUUGCGGGCUGACGGACGACAGCAGUGGCCUGUUCCCUACAGGCGCUUUGACCGGCGACCUCCUGCGGACUCGUACUGCGAAGCUCUCUACCCGUUCUGCCCCACCGGAGACCGCGAUGGACGCUUUCCCUCCGUGCGAGACAGCGACGUCGUCUCUGUCUACCGGCUGCAGACGCCUGUGUGGGAGUUCAAAUACGGAGAUGUGCUGGGGAAGUUACACAUCAUGCACGAUGCCAUCGGCUUCAGCAGCCUGGAGACCGGAGCCAACUACACCAUGGAGUGGUACGAGCUUUUCCAGCUGGGCAACUGUACGUUCCCUCACCUCCGGCCGGAGAUGUUCGCCCCCUUCUGGUGCAACCAGGGAGCUGCCUGCUUCUUCGAAGGCAUCGAUGACCUGCACUGGUCGCAGAACGGGACCCUGGAGAAAAUAGGAGAAGUAACAGGGAGUCAGUUCAACGCGAUGGCCCAGUGGGUGCAAGACGACAACGAGACCGGGAUCUACUACGAGACGUGGACCGUUCGCUCUGACCCCGGUCCGAACGCAACGGUGUGGUUCGAGUCGUACGACUGCUCCCAGUUCGUCCAUCGCACGUACAGGAAGCUGGCCGAGCUGGGAGCCAAGCUGUCCAGCCGCUCACAGACCAACUACACCAAGAUCUAUCUGUACAGCGGAGAGCCCAGCUACCUGGGCAACGACAGCGCCAUAUUCGGGCAGCCGGCGCUGAAAAACCUCGCGACGAACAUCCGCCAGUUUUACCACACGUUCAGGCCGCACCAGUCAAUCUUCGACCUCGCUUUCAGCCUGCUGGAGGCUUACAAGGAGGUUGUGCUGGACAAGAGCUUCUACCUGUACUACAACUUUGAGUACUGGCACCUGCCAAUGAAACAUCCAUACGUGCAGAUUACGUAUGAAGAGGUGCCUUUGCCUUAACAACUAGCCUGUACACUUGAAAUUGUUUUUAUUUCUGUUUUUUUAAGUUUAAAAUUUAUAACUAGUCCUGCCAGCACUUGCUGACCUUUACGCUGAGUCGGUUGUUUUGUUUUAACACAGUAACACUUUCCCUUCUCUGCAGGAAGCACACUGGUCUGAUUUCACCUUCUAAAAUGCUUGUUGUGAGUGGAUGAUCCUUAUCUGACCACUAGGUGGAGACAUUGUUUCAACAAAACCUGAUCUAACUGGUCUGCUAUAUUUAUGGAGAUGCCAUAGAUGUAAACUUUCAUGACUCAAAGACAAAUAAAAAAAUGUUAAAAGAUCUGAUUUAAAUGAAAAUGACCUGAUUUACAUCUGAUGUACCAGGCAUACCUGAUAAAAAAUUUGUGCUGAAGUCCUUAAAAGAAAUCUACUUCAAAGAUAUAUUCCAACCACCAUUUGCUAAUAUUUUUCGCAAAUGGCAUCAUUUCCAUCGGCAUCCAUAACAAUUUCACAUAUUUGUUUUUCUAAAUAACUUUUUUGUUGAUCAAAUUGUCUAGAAAGUUUAAAUUUAUAACUCGGAUAUAAAAUAUGAAAUGACACAGAAGCUCCUUUUUCCUCUGUGUUGCAUUUCAAAAUGGGAAAGAGAAAUAUGUUCUACAGGGACUGCAGUUAAGCAUUGAUCUAAUACCAAUAAAUAUCUUUCAGAUGUUCGGAUAUUUAACCAACUUUCAUCUUCGAUGUAAAUGAACCAAAAUUAAAGGUUGAACUUUUUCCUUUA